CUAAACCAGCCCAUUGGGCCCAUCAAGCGCUCCUCUGUACUAGUAUAUAAACUCUCGCUGCUUCCAUUUGCCCUUUCCUCCGAUCCAAAGGUUUCGUCGCGCCGCCGCCGCCUCCUUUCCACCCGCCGCCGCGAUGCCGUCGCACAAGACCUUCCGGAUCAAGCAGAAGCUGGCCAAGAAGAUGCGCCAGAACCGCCCCAUCCCCUACUGGAUCCGCAUGCGGACCGACAACACCAUCAGGUACAACGCGAAGCGCAGGCACUGGCGCCGCACCAAGCUCGGGUUCUAAGCAUGGAAGAGAGGCACCGGAUGCUGCUGCUGCUGCUUGGAGAAGGAUCUAGGGUUUAUGAAUUGCCUGAUAAUACGAUGUUUCUGUAAGCUAGCAAGUGAUGACGUAAUGCUGCUUUUAAUAUUUUCCAUGUGUUUUUAAGAGAUUCUUAGUUGUGCUUGUAGCGUACUUGGUAUCAUCAUAUUUUGCUGAUUAAAGCACCACUUUUAUCCUGCUGAGGUACUGUAUUGUACCUGGGUGUCUUCAGCAAUUGAUCCUCAAUUUGCCUAAUUUGUUUAAGUAUGCUUGUUUGUCUGAA